CCACGAUUCGUGAGAUCGUCGCAAACAUCGCUCGGUCACCACGCAUUCCACCACGCUCAAGUCUUGGAGCCCCUCCCUAGGAAGUCCCCUUCCUUGUCGACUUGGCCAUCGUCCAUCGCCUGGGCCUUCUUAUGACCCCGGGUUGCCACUAAACCCUGCUCUCGGCGACUCCGGAGCUUUGUUCUACUCCCAGGAACCUACCGCUUAGCUCCUUUUCAUGGUCAGAAUGAGAGGCUGGCUUCGGACCCUCGGCUUCACUGCCCUGCUGGCAGGAAGUGUACUUGCAAAUGAAGUUGAAUUGACACAGGAUGAAACCCAUCGACAGCGAUGUUCGGGAAUGUACAGUCGCAAAGCUUGGGGCGGGAACGUAGAUCCCUUCAUUUUGACCAAAUUCGUUCCGGUCGCUGAAUCUGGGGACAGCGACCCCCUUGUCAGUCUCGUCAUCUUCGAAUGGAACGAUGAGAACCUCAUCGGCCGGCCCAUACCCGGCGACUCCGGGGAGAGGGAGACUAUCUGCGAUGAAGCUAGCGUGCAGGCAAACCUUUGCGAACAAGAUCAGGUCGGCUCUUUCAUCCUUGCCGCCAAUGUGAGCGAGGCCGCCAGCUUCCCCAUCAUCACCAAAGCCGUCCAUCUGAAUGACCCUGCCGCUAUCAACUACCCUAUCAAAAAGACUGGAUUCUACUGUGUGAGCACGUAUGGAUACUCCGGAGUGGACUACGAAGCUGUGAUUGAGUUUCGGAACUCGUACGGUGAACUUCCAGCUGCGCAGAUCGCAAAGCUGCCGUUCUACGGUGGCUUGACCAUCGUCUACGCGGUGGUUGGCCUGUUUUGGGCCUUUCUAUACGUGCAGAACCGUCACGAUAUCUUGCCCGUACAAAACUAUAUUACCGCAAUCCUGGUGUUCUUGAUUGUUGAGCAAUUGAUGACAUGGGGUUUCUAUGAUUAUCAAAACCGGCACGGCUUGAAUGGCGGCGCGAAGGCAUUGAUGGUGAUUGUUGCUGUGCUCAAUGCUGGACGAAAUGCCUUCUCGUUCUUCCUGCUUUUGAUUGUGUGCAUGGGCUAUGGUGUUGUCAAACCCUCGCUCGGUCGAACCAUGAUCUACGUCCGUGUUCUUGCCAUCACUCACUUCAUCUUCGCUGUGAUCUACGCCGUUGCAAGUUUGUCGAUUACUCCGGAUAGCGCCGGCCCACUUGUCCUCCUCAUCGUGCUUCCUCUCGCUGGUACGCUGACGGCCUUUUACGUGUGGACAUUGAACUCUCUGAAUGCGACGAUGAAGGAUCUUAUCGACCGAAAGCAGAAGGUUAAAGCUUUGAUGUACAAGAAGCUGUGGUGGUGCAUCCUUGGUAGUAUCAUUGUGAUCUUCGGUUUCUUCUUCAUCAAUUCCAUUGCCUUUGCAGGACGCAGCGAGGCCAGCUUCGUACCCGAGCACUGGAAGUCUAGGUGGUUCGUGUUGGAUGGCUGGCUGAACCUCGUGUACCUCUUCGAUAUCGGAUUUGUCGCCUAUCUGUGGCGACCUACUGCUAACAACAGACGGUUCGCAAUGAGUGACGAAAUUGCGCAAGACGACGACGGAUUUGAAAUCCGAUCCUUCGCUAGCGCUCUGGAUGAGGAGGACGCUCUGGGUGGUCCCGAGAUACCUUCGGCUUCGGAUCAUCGCCGUGAUCUGUCGCCUGUGCCUCCUAAGCCCGUCCCUGCGGCGCCGCGUCAAAGGGAGUCCCUGGACGGUGAGACAAUUUUCGCUGUCGGCGAAGAUGGUGACAAGUGGUCCGAUGACGAGGACGAGUCGCCACGCAACUCGGGUGAACGGCAGCGACUUACGGGCAAGCAUUAGACCCGGUGCAAGCCUACAUGCCCUGUGUAGGGCAUGUUACCUGAGAUUUCAGAGCGAACCAUGGUGCCUGCAAUAUCUGCUCUUAUGCUGUUUUGAUCGGACCAGGUUUCCCUGCUAUUAUUUCGGGGGAAAAUUGGAAGUGUUGGUGUUCUUCUGCUGUGUUAUUUGGCUUGCAGGCAUAUGAUGGCGUUUGGCCUAUGGUGUAUUCCCGUCGUUGAACUUUCCUUGUACCUUUCACCUAUUGCUUCUCACACGAUGGAGGAUGAGGUAUCUCUUGUGUUCUAUUCUGUAUAGAUUCUUACCGUAUGUAGCUCCAACUAUGAAGCGAUGUUUUAAUUUUCACGA